AUGAGCAACCGACGAAGAGGGACAGGAGGCCGAUUGGGUUCGCGAGCUAGAGUUGCAGAGGACCCCAGAGUGGAUGGAAUAUUGAGGGCACUUGAGGAGGUUGGAAUUUUAAUGGGUAGACAGAACCAAGAGCGAGCUGCUACUGUUACUGCUGCUGCAGAGGCCGUUGUUGCCGCCGCUAAUGGGGCCAAUGGAAACAGUGGAAACAAUGAAAACAAUGGGAACAACGGGAAUGGUGGGCAUCCCACUCAGGGCCAAGUAAAUGCAAAUAAGCCGAUGUCUAAGCUGGUUGAACAGUUUUUGAAGCCGAAGCCUCCGAGGUUCGAUGGUAGAGAUGAUACUAAGGCUGCACCUCGAUGGGUGGAAGAGCUAGAAAAAACUUUCGAAGUGCUGGGAUGCACUGACGAGGAAAAGGUAACCUUGGCAGUAUACCAGCUUCAAGGAAAUGCAAGCGAUUGGUGGAGAGCCAUAAGAGGCCAAGUGUUCUCUGCUGGUACUACUCUGACUUGGACCAUUUUUACUAAGACUUUUAAUGGCAAGUAUUUUUCGAAAAGUGCCCGAGAGCAGAAGUUGGUAGAAUUCAUGAGACCUCGCCAGGGUCAGAUGUCGGUAGACCAAUAUGAGGCUGAGUUUGCAAGGCUGUCCAAGUUUGCCCCAAGAAUGGUAGAGGACCCAGUGGAUAAAGCCAGGAGGUUCCGAGAUGGACUGAAGCCGGACCUCCGCAGUUAG